AUGCCUCCUUUAUCUCUGCCGAGUUCCACUUCCACUGAGAGCCGGAUAUAUUCACAAUGGCAAUUAUCGAUAGAUAGAUACUACCUGGAGUUGAUGAAAGGAGGGGUUUACACACGAGAUAUUGACCAUAGGCUUUGGAACACUCAUAGUUACGAGGAUCUAGCAGAUCAGAUUCAGGCUGGUCGUUAUAUGGAUUCUAAAAGUUUUGAAGAUCUCAUAGAUCUUCUCCGUUACGAUCUUGAGUGUUUCGUUAAGGUCGUCACAAGUGUGAUGGAAGGGGAAGAUAGGGUUGCGACUGUAAUAUGGGGCUCCAUUAGGCUUAUUCUAGAGUUUGCUCAACCCGUGCCACGAGAACUUGGAGAUGUGUUCAAUGAGUUCAAGGGGGCGUUCCCUAAUUACGGCCAUUAUUCCCAGGGCUUUCCUUGGACUCCUGCUUUGAAAGACGCCUGGCUAAAUACACUCACGGAAUUACUACUUUUUUUUGCAUUUAUGAUUUCUUAUUUCUACAACAAUCCAAAUACCGUGAAGCGUCCUAAAACGUGGACUCGAUUCAGGGUUGGGAUAUCACAGCGCAUUCCGAAGCUACAGUACUCUUCCGAAAUAAUUAAUGACAUUGGUCGUGCUAUCCGUGUUUCCAUUAGGAAAAACAUGGAGGAUUCGUUAAAAGUACCUGGGGGCGGGAACGUAUCGUGGCAGCAUCGAGCCGAACCAAACUUUCCAUGCCAUAUUAUACCAUGUAAUCACAAUGCCAGAUUUUGGGGCAGAGCAGCCGAACUGGAACUCUUAAGAACUGGUCUUGACCCUAAUAGCAAGGUGGAAGAGAGUGCUAGGGUUAUUGCAAUUUGUGAAAUUGGUGGAGUGGGUAAAACACAGUUGGCAUUACAUUAUGCAGAGACAUCGAAGCACCUAUACGAUAUCAUUAUUUGGAUAUCGGCUGAAACGCAAACUAAAAUGAUUCAAACCACCGAUGAAUUUGCAGCAAAAGUUGGGCUGCCGAAAAGAAACAGUAGCGCGAGGGAAUGGAGUUCCUUGGAGCAGGUACGCAACUGGCUAGGUACAACCCGAAAGAAAUUCCUCCUUAUAUUCGACGGUGUGGAGCAAAAGAGCUUGCUUCACCUACUAUGGCCGGUAGGUAUUGGAUAUUCCAUCCUUAUAACCUGCCGAGCAUCUCCACUUGCAUCACGCUUGACGACAAAAGUAAUUCAGCUUCCAUGUUUUCCUGUGGAUGAUGUGGAGUUGUUCUACUCGUUGACUGGCCAAAAACCUCUGGACGAUGUGGAAUCAAUUGCUGCGAGAGACUUACUGAAACUUCUAGGAGGCUUGCCCUUUGCGAUGGCCCAAUUAGGACACUUCAUGAGAAAUGAAGGUUGUUCCUAUGAGGAAGCCUUGGGAGUAUUUAAAAAAUCAACUAGGGAUCUAUUCACAACAACCCAAGCAACGGAGGGAUAUCAAUAUACCUUGGACACUGUGUGGGAAGCUUCUAUCGAGAACCUUCCAGUUGAGUCUCAAGAUUUGCUGUAUUUAAUUGUGUUUUUCAAUCACGAUAUUAUCCCAGAGUCAAUACUCACGGAUCAAGAAGCUAAUAUCGCAGAUCCGAGAUUGGACUUUUUAUAUGACGUCUUCAAUUUCGGGGAUGCCAAAGCUGGUCUUAUUCGCGCGGCACUGGUAAGACGCCUAUCAAGCCACAAAGCUCUAUUAAUUCAUCCUCUUAUCCAGAUGAAGGCACUGCUAAGGAUGUCUGUAAUGGAGGCUGAGGUAUUUUUUGGAUAUGCGGUAAAGAUGUUAUCGAAUGGUAUUUCUACCACAUUGAACGAAGUAUCUCAAGAACAAGGCGGAAAACAGGCUUCAUGGGAAACAUGGAAAAAUAUCCUUCCACAUAUCAACCGAACGAUUACCAUGAAACAGGACAAUGAACUCUAUGUCAACCAACCAGAGGUUUAUGCAGAGCUUCUAUUCCGAGCAGGAACUGCACAGCCAAAAAAGGCUCGGUCGUCAUAUCUUCAGGCCCUCAAAAUAUUGGAGCAAAUUCAUGGGAAGAGUUCGAAGGAGGUAGCAGAUGUAUGUGACUCGAUUGCUUGCAGUUAUACCGAACAGGGUAUGGUUGACGAAGCCCUCCAAUAUCUCCGGAAGGCGGUGGGUAUCCAUAACGAAAAAAAUCCACUUCUUAUGAGCAGGACUCAGGCAAUACUUGCUUUGGCAUAUCUCCGAGCAUGGCAGCUGGAUGAAUCUCUUGAUGCCUUACAACAAUGCUGGAGAUUACAAAACUUGACUGAAGAGCAAGUUAUUCAAUCUAGAUCUCUAAAACAUAGCGGGGAUACUAUGCUUCUAUCACGAAUUAAAUUUGCCCAAGGCCUGACAGAGGAAGCUAAGAAACUCGCAACGGCAGCCAUGAAUAUUCGUCAAGAGGUUUAUGGAGGCAACGGGCCACGGAUAGCUGAUUCAAGAUUUAUCAUUGCCGCGAUGUCGGAGAUGGAGGGUGACAAUGUGCAGGCUGCGGCACUUCUACAUGAAGUAGUCGAAAUGAGCAGGGAGAGAGCCGAGAUGCAGCCACAUCUUGCACGGUCUUUAUGGUUUCUAGCAAGGAUUGAAGAGAAAAUAGGGCAUAUUCCCGAAGCACAACAGCUCAAAGUAGAGGCUAAAGCAGAAAGAGAAAAGAUCCAAAAUAGAGAAGGAGACGACGGAGAUAAUGAUGAGGCUUUUAUGCGCCUCGUUCCAUGGAUGCUAUGGUAA